AUGUCCAGUGGUUCGGUGUCGCAGCGUGCCCAACCCAUGCCCAGGUUGUUGUACUAUUUCUCCCUGCCCACCGAGAAAAUGUUGCUCGGUCUUUCCCUGUCGGCCCCGCAAGUGUUACCCAGUGUUUCCAUGCUCACCGCGAAAAUGCUACGUGGCUCCCUGUCCGCCUCCAAAUUGUUGCCUGUUAUCCUGCCCACCUCGGAAAUGUUGCCUUCCAACACCCUGUACACCGCGAAAAUGUUGCUCGAAAUCUCGCUACAAGCUAAGUCCCAAUUGUUGCAAGAGUACCUGCGCAAACUGCUGUCCAUGAAAUUAACAAAGAAACACGGGAUUUUUUACAGUCAUGAUAACUAA